AUGCAUCGACUCGGUGGCGUAGGCCUGGCCGCCUUUGACCGCCAGAAGCUACACGAACGCUCCUUCGCGGAACUCUCCACGGAGAUUUCGCAGGCGCAGGUGGACCUCCUCCAUGCCCAGAUGGCCCAGUUCCGCAGCGCACUCGCGCACUACGCCACGACAUCCCGCGACUCCAUCCGGACCGACCCCCAGUUCCGGCACGCCUUCCAGCGGAUGUGCUCCUCCAUCGGCGUCGACCCCCUCGCCGGCCCCCGCAAGGGCGGCUGGUGGGCCGAGAUCCUCAACCUCGGCGACUGGCAGUACGAGCUCGGCGUGCAGAUCGUCGACGUGUGCGUCAGCACCCGUGAGCGCAACGGCGGGCUCAUCGAGAUGAGCGAGCUCGUCCGUCUCGUCAGCAAGCUCCGCGGGCUCGAGGGUGGCGUGAUUACGGAGGACGACGUGUUGAGGAGCAUCCGGACGCUGAAGCCCCUCGGUGCGGGCUAUGAAGUAAUCGAAGUGGGUGGAGGGAAGAAGAUGGUCAGGAGCGUGCCGAAGGAGCUCGAUGCAGACCAGGCGAUCGUCCUUGACAUAGCGCAGGAGGGAGGCGGCCGUGUCUCGGAAGAGCUCUUAGUCCAGAGGAGAGGGUGGACUCCCGAGCGUGCAAGAGCGGCGCUGGAGAACAUGCUGCUCCGAGAUGGUUUGUGCUGGCUCGAUGAGCAAGAUGAGGUUGAUGGUGUCGCCUAUUGGGUGCCGUCUGCGAUGCACUGGGACGAAUAA